GCACCUGGACAGGCAAAACGGCCAGCGAAAUUAAGAUAAAUUAUCACAUUAUAAUUGAUGAAUAAAUAUUCCUUGCUCUAUACCUAUUUUAUCAGAAAUAUUAUCUAUAAAAAUUCCGUAACCGAAACAAAAGAAAAAUUCCAUCAUCCUGAACCUGUCCCUCCUACCCACGGUCCCCUCACCAACGUAACCACGAGGUUCAGUUCCAAAAGUGUCAACCAAAACCCCUACAACUAUCAGAAUGUCUGAGAAUCCAUCGACAUCACGAGGAAAAUCCGUCCAAAUACCCUCCACAAAUAAAAAAAAAUCAACAGACGACGAGAUCACCGAGCUCCAUCAAGAAUUCACAACAGACGACCACAUAAUCCCCCUGGACAAGCUCUGCAAGAAGCUAGGAACCGAUCCAAUCCAAGGAUUAACGCACGCAGAGGCAUUCAAACGUCUGGAGUCAUCAAAAAACAGUCUGAGUCCUCCGAGGCAAACCCCAGAGUACAUUAAACUCCUGAAAUGCAUGUUCUCAGGAUUUGCCUCACUCCUGUGGAUCUGCGCAGUCCUCUGCUUCGUCCUCUACAUAAUCGGCCAACUCAUGGGCCACGACGACGAAGAGGGAAUCGAAUGGUUUGGCAUAAUAAUAAUAAUAAUAUGCAUCAUAUCAGGAUUGUUUGCGUUUAUCCAAGAGAGCAAGAACUCGAAAGUGAUGGAGUCCUUUACGAAGAUGGUGCCCACCUACGCCCUAGUGAUUCGUCAGGGUGAGAAAAAGACAAUUCCAACCGAGGAAAUUGCAGUGGGCGAUAGAGUGGAGAUAAGACUGGGUGACAAGAUCCCGGCUGAUCUCAGAAUAAUCAGAUGUGUCGGCUUGAGAGUAGAAAAUUCAAGUCUAACAGGUGAGAGCGAACCGGUCGCUCGAAGUGAUUAUCCCACAGACAGAAAUCCCCUGGAGACCCAGAACAUCGCCUUCUUCUCAUCCUACGCUGUAGCUGGUGAAGGAUCGGGAAUAGCGAUAGCAAUUGGUGACAAAACGAUGAUCGGAAGACUUGCAGGACUAACGACAAAAGUAACAAAGACAGAAACUCCAAUCUCCAAAGAGAUCAAUCACUUUGUCCAUGUCAUAACGUGGAUGGCAGUUGCCUGUGGCUUUUCCUUCUUCGGACUGUCGUUGCUGAUCGAGGCGAACGUGGUGAAGGCCUUCACAUAUCUCCUAGGGAUAAUCAUCGCGAAUGUGCCUGAGGUGCUGUUGGUGACGGUGACAACGAGUUUAACGCUGACAGCGAAGAAAAUGGCGAAUAAAAAUUGUCUAGUGAGGAAUUUGGAGGCCGUUGAGACACUCGGCUCAACGUCUACCAUAUGCUCUGACAAGACAGGCACCCUGACGCAGAAUAAAAUGACAGUAUCGAACAUGUGGUUUGGAAAUAUCAGGCACAAUUUUCCAGCUGGUUUGUGGUCACUGGGAGCUGAAAGAGAUCUGCUGCUGGAUAAACCUGCGUUCAAUGUCAUGAUUAAGGUAGCAACACUGUGUUUGCGUGCUGAAUUCCGAAAUGAUUCCGAUGGUUUCACGAGGAUCGAGGAACGAGAUGUGAUUGGAGAUGCGUCUGAGAGUGGAAUUCUCAAAUUUUGCGAGCACAUCCAUCAAACCAAGAGAUUUCGCGUGAAUUAUCCAAAAGUUGCUGAGAUUCCCUUCACCUCGACCAAUAAAUAUCAGAUAUCAAUACACCAGGAUGUGGACGGUUACACGAUGAUAAUGAAGGGCGCACCAGAAGUGAUAAUUGAUUUCUGUACAACAAUUUUAGCGAUGGAUGGACACACGAGGGAGCUAACAAGUGUUGAUAUCGUUGAAUCACGUCGUGCCUGCACAGAACUGGCGUUUCUCGGUGAACGAGUCCUCGCAUAUUGCGAUUUAUUCCUCCCAACUGUCAGAUAUCCACCCAACUACCAGUUUGAUACGAGUUCCCCGAAGAACUACAACUUCCCGACGAAGGGCUACAGAUUCCUGGGUUUGAUAAGUCUGAUCGAUCCGCCGAGGCCGUCAGUGCCAGAGGCGGUCCACACCUGUCGUUCUGCUGGGAUCAAGGUUAUAAUGGUGACGGGAGAUCAUCCGGUGACAGCAAUGGCGAUUGCUAAAGCCGUCGGAAUCAUCGGAGAGGGGCAGGAUGUGCAUUACGAGCAGUCGAUGAUGACUGAUAAAUCCUUCAGUCAGGGAAACGAUCGAGGAAGCCAGGGGGCUAUCGUCGUCACUGGUGGGGAACUCAGGAACAUGCCCACUUAUCAACUUGACGAUAUCAUCCGAAGCUACGAAGAGAUCGUCUUCGCGAGAACUUCACCCCAGCAGAAACUUCUGAUCGUCGAGAGUUGUCAGAGACUCGGGGAAAUUGUUGCUGUCACUGGUGACGGGGUCAAUGAUUCACCGGCUCUGAGGAAAGCUGACAUUGGUGUGGCGAUGGGAAUAGCUGGCUCUGAUGUCGCGAAAAAUGCAGCUGACAUGGUCCUGAUGGAUGACAAUUUCGCGUCUAUCGUCACCGGAAUCGAAGAGGGUCGACUUAUUUUUGAUAACUUGAAGAAGUCGAUUGCUUAUACUCUCACGUCGAGUGUACCAGAGAUGAUACCGAUGCUGAGCAGCAUUAUUUUUUCAAUUCCACUGCCAUUUGUCAUUGAAUUAGUGCUGUGCAUCGACAUUGGGACCGAUUUACUGCCAGCGAUUGCGUUGGCGUAUGAGAAACCAGAGUCGGAUAUCAUGAAGAGGGCGCCCCGGAAUCCUCAGUACGAUAAAUUGGUGAAUAAACGAUUGAUCUCUGUGGCUUAUGGGCAAAUUGGAAUGUGCCAGGCGUUGGCAGGGUUUUUAAACUACUUCAUGAUCCUUGGAUUUCAUGGAUUUUUACCGAUGGACUUAUUUGGAUUGAGACAGUCGUGGGAGAAUAGAGCGAUUACUGAUUUGGUGGAUUCCUAUGGACAACAUUGGACUUAUCAAAGUCGAAUGGAUCUCCUGAAUGAAGCGAGAACCGGGUACUUUAUAUCAAUUGUCACUACGCAGAUGAUUGACCUCAUCAUGUGCAAGACCAGACGAAAUUCAAUAUUUCAACAGGGAAUGAACAACUGGUUUCUCAAUGUUUCAUUCGCCUUUGAAAUUAUUCUCACAGCUGUUCUGCUUUAUACACCGGGGACUGAGACAAUCCUCAAGGCCAUGCCCCUGGAUCCUUAUUGGUUCUUACCGUGUUUACCUUUGGGGAUAUUUUUAUGGACUUAUGACGAAAUCAGAAGGUGGUGCAUCAGGCAUUAUCCAGGAGGAGUUAUGGAGAGGGAGACGUAUUAUUAAUCAAUAUAUUAAUUCGUUUGUCUUUGGAUUUUUGUUCGCUUUGUUACUGUAUAGUGAUGGAUUUGAUAAAGAUAACUUCGUUAAUGACUUACGGCUGAUGUUAUUGUGCCUAAUAUUGGUUCAGGUAUCCUCCCAGCUUUCUUCAGGAUCAAAUCCAAGGAUCCACCAUCCAUGUACUCCAUGCAUAUACUAAUUUCUCCAUCGCU